AUGGGGAAAUUGACACAACUAUUAACACAUCCAGUGGAGCUUAAGGCUGCGUUGAAAUUGAAAUUUAUCAGAAAGCCGCUUUUUUCGCUUGAUGAUACCAAAGCCAGUCCAGAACUGCAGAGAUGCUACGAAUUACUGGGCACCACGUCACGGUCUUUUGCUGCUGUUAUCAUGGAAUUGCAUCCCGAACUGCGCAACGCCAUUAUGCUCUUCUACCUCGUUUUGAGAGCGCUGGACACGGUGGAGGAUGACAUGACAAUCGACCCAGAGGUAAAAGUCCCACUUUUACGCGAAUUCGACUCGAAAUUGGAUCUCCAAGAUUGGUCGUUCGAUGGCAACGCACCCACUGAAAAGGACCGUUGCGUAUUGGUGGAAUUUCCUUGCAUUUUGAAAGAGCUACACAAAUUGAAACCCGAGUAUCAGAAAGUAAUCAAGAGCAUCACCCACCAGAUGGGCAAUGGUAUGGCAUCGUACAUCCUGGAUGAAAAUUUCAACCUAAACGGUGUCUCCACGAUCAAAGACUACGACCUUUACUGCCACUAUGUUGCAGGUCUUGUCGGUGACGGUCUAACGCAACUUAUCGUACUUGCAAACUUUGGUACCAAAGAUUUGUACGCCGAGUCAGCCCAGACUUACGAGAGCAUGGGACUUUUCUUGCAAAAGACAAAUAUUAUCAGAGACUAUGCCGAAGACUUGGAGGACGGGCGCUCUUUUUGGCCCAAGGAGGUUUGGUCACUCUAUGCUGACAAGCUGGUGGACUUUUCUAAACAGGAACAUACUCAGUCGGGUGUUCACUGCAUAAACCACUUGGUUCUCAAUGCGCUCUCCCAUGUCGAAGACGUGUUGCUAUUUUUAAGUUCAGUGCAUGAACAAUCUUCUUUCCAAUUCUGUGCCAUCCCUCAAGUAAUGGCUAUCGCCACUCUGGCUUUGGUCUUCAACAACCCAGCUGUGUUGCACGAAAACGUCAAAAUUAGAAAAGGAACAACCUGCUAUCUCAUUCUUAAAUCAAGGACAUUGCGCGGAUGCGUCGAGAUUUUCCAAUACUACAUGCGUGACAUUAAGAAACGUCUACCCGUGGAGGACCCCAAUUACCUCAAGAUCAACAUCAGAAUUGGAGGAAUAGAACAAUACAUCGAAGAGAUGUACCAAGAGCAGCUGCCCGCUGGCGUCCCACCCAGAAAAACUGUCAUCUACGAGAAAGUCAAAGAAAGAUCUGUUUACGAUGCCAAGAUUGUUCCUAAAAUGAUGGAUGAGGAGUAUCAGUUCAACAUGACCCUAACCAUGGUCCUGACUGUGGCAGCGGCCAUCAUCUUUUACGUGAAAUAG